AUGCCACGCCCUAUCGUUAUCUCCGGCCCCAGCGGUGCUGGCAAGUCAACGCUUCUGAAGAAGCUAUUCGCAGAGUUUCCCGAACGGUUUGGGUUCUCCGUCUCGUCGACCACGCGGGCGCCUAGACCGGGCGAGGUGCAGGGCAAGGAUUACAACUUUGCCUCCGUAGAGGAGUUUCAGGCGAUGAUUGCGCAGAAGAAGUUCAUCGAGUGGGCGCAGUUCUCCGGCAACUACUACGGCACGACCGUGGCCGCGGUGCGCAAGGUCAUCGACUCCGGGAAGAUUUGUAUCCUGGAUAUCGACAUGCAGGGCGUCAAGUCCGUCAAGCAAACGGAUCUGCACGCGCGCUUCCUGUUCCUCGCGCCGCCAUCGCUUGACUCGCUACGCGAACGCCUAGUGGGGCGCGGUACGGAGACGGAAGAAUCGCUCAACAAGCGGCUAGCGGCUGCGGAGGCGGAAAUGGCCUACGCGGCCACUGGCGCCCACGACCGCAUCGUGGUCAACGAUGACAUCGAUCGUGCGUACGCCGAGUUGAAGGAAUUCAUCUUAAACGAAUGA